AAAACCAACGGGGUUUAAGUUCACAGGACGCAGGAAAGUUCUCCGCAGACAAAUGUUUGGCGAUCUUCUUUACGCCCACGACAGAGAAGCUGCGCGUAGAAACCCCCGAGAGCCGAGCUGCGGGCGCAGGGAGGGCUGCACACUCGGUUAAGAAGAACUGGGAGACCGAAGAGGCGCUUCAACGAGGGAACAGAGGAAGAGGUGAGGAAGAGGAGAGAGAGAGGGAGACAGUAAGAGAGACUGAGACAGAUCCCAUCUCACUCUCCCAGCCGAGACUCCAGCGGAUCGCGUUCAACGUCUCACGCAGGACAAUGUGUAGUAAAGCGACUUUAGCCUUACUCAUCUAUGGAAUCCUAAUGCACUACAGCGUCAACUGCUCACCUGCGGGGCUUAGCUUCCUCGCUGCUGGACUUGACAGUGAGGUUUAUGACGAGGAUGGGAAUUCCUUACUGUCCCUGGAUUAUGACAGAGACCAGGUGGAUGUGAGAAACCCUCCGGCUGUCGCCGACGAUGUCUACACUUUGUAUUACCCCCCAGAGAAAAGAACGGAAAGGCACGCAGACGGCAUGUUUAACAAAGCCUACAGGAAAGCGCUGGGUCAGUUAUCAGCGAGGAAAUAUCUGCAUUCUCUGAUGGCCAAACGUGUAGGCGGGGGCACAGUGGAGGAGGACAGCUCGGAGCCCCUGUCCAAGCGACACUCCGACGGGAUCUUCACGGACAGCUACAGCCGCUACCGGAAGCAAAUGGCAGUGAAGAAAUACCUGGCAGCAGUCCUUGGGAAAAGCCUUGAAGACAUAGGUUUUCACCAUAUCCUACAAGACAUAGACUUUGAUGCCCUUCCGGACGGGGAGGAGUUUGAGGCUUUUUUGGGAGACUGGCUGAAACAGUUCUCUCCCGAAUUUCCGGCUUUGUGACGCAGGACGCAGUUUGCGGCUCUGGUGCCUUGCAUCGACUUUAAAAUCGGCAUGAAUCACAGGUGGCUAUUUAGUGGCCCUACAAUGCUGCACAUCAUCAGUUUAGAAUUUCACCCUUUUGUUGUUGUUUUUUGUGUUUCGCAGACAUUUGAUCUUUAGGACCAUGCAACUUAGACGUCAAGCAUUCUUGCUUGGACUGCUUUCUUUUGCACUUUGUUUUCAGAGCACUAGAUUGGAUUUUUGUGAAAACAGAGGGAAGGAUCAGUUCCCCCUCUCCAUGGAACAUUACAUUUAUGAUAAUGAAAGCGCCAAUAGCCUUACUAAAAUGAAAUAAUCUUCAAAGAUAUAUAUAUAUAUAUAUAUAUAUAUAUAUGUACUUACUGUGUAGAAAGUGAAUAUUAGAUUACUACUUCAAAUGGCGAUCUGCAAGGGUCAAGUCAAUAAAUGUUUAAAAAAAAGUGUUGUAAGAUUUGUAUGAAUAAAUUUUUGUAAACAACAAAAA